AUGUACGAGGUGUUGGAGCGGAUUAUCCUGGAGCGACCCAUUAAACAUCGCGAAGAAACAACGCGUGACGAGAAAGCUGACUUUCGUCUUGGCCAAUCUACGUUUGGAGUGUUCAUCGUCAGGAGCGUGAUCGAAAUCUGGCAGUGGACACUUCCUGUUGAAUUUCGCCAUCCAAGACAUUAUGCGAAGAAUAGUAAAGAAUUAUCUGCCGAUAUCGUCCUAGCACCAUCAGGACGCCCCUUGACCGACUUCGAGAACGCCAACGACGUCGUUAUGUUCACGGCGCGGCGCGAAACUCCAUCGUGUUGUCAAGCCUGUAUCAAGUUAGCCGACUAA